AUAGACGAUAAGGACAACAUCGGUUGCACAGCUCUACAUUGGGCUGCACUCAACGACAAGGUCAACGUCAUGAAGUGGCUGAUCAAGGAAGGAGCGGAUCUGAACGCUAGGGGCAAUGACGGACACACGCCCCUACACUGGGCAGGGCUGAAGGGAUUCUUGCGCGCUACUAGAGUUCUGAUCGAUGCAGGAGCAGACCUGAAUGUGCAGGACAACUGGAAAUUCACUGCAAUGAUCCGGGCAGCUCAGAACGGUCAUGUGCUAGUGGUGCUUGCGCUGAUGUAUGCUGGUGCUGACGUCACCAUCUACGAUGCGGACGACGAUGGGUGUACAGCACUGCACUUGGCUGCCAAGAAGAGUGGAGGAGAAAUGUGCAGGAAGCUGAUUGCGGCGGGAGCAGAAAUAUCUUUGACAGACAACAAGGGAAAGACACCC